AUGUUAUCGCGUUGUUUUGUCAGCCGAAAGGUCUUUCAGGCCAGAAAUGCGCAGGUGAGGGCUCCAGCAGCUUUACGUGAAUGCCGCUUUUUUCCCUCAACAACUUUGUGUGGCGUUGACUGUGUUUUUAUCCCCUCGAUUUUCGUGGCUUCUUGUAUUUUAGUUAGUUCGUUGACUUGUGCCAGUAUUUCAGGUGUUUUUAAGGUCGAUCUCUACUAAAACCAUGUCUUUUGAAAAGGAAACUUACGCCGGAAACAUUUGGGACGAUAGUACUGAUGUCCUUGAUCCGGUACUGGGGAACCUGACUAAGAAGGUAAGAAAAUGUUUUCAUAUAGCAUUUACUGAUAGAGGAUUUUUUAACUUUAAAUUAUUUCUUGCAAUUUUGUAGUUAUAUUUAAGUAACUUUUGUGCAUUUUUAUAUUUUAAUGACUUGUAUUGUUAUACUUUUAGGAAAAAAACCGGCAGAAGCAGGGACUGGUGCUGAUUGCCAGCGAAAACUUCACGUCCAGGGCCGUUUGUGAGAUGUUGGGUUCGUGUUUGAGUAACAAAUAUUCAGAAGGGUAUCCAGGAGCCAGGUAAUAAUUAUCCUUUGAAUUAAAACGUUUGUACCUGUAUAUUGAUAUUUUUUAUAUAUUUAGGUAACAUGAAAUGUAUUAGCUCACAUAAUCUUUAUCUCAUAGAUGUGAUUAGUAUAUGGAUAUUUUAGAUACUACGCUGGAAAUGAAUUUAUUGACCAAAUUGAGAUCUUGUGCCAAGAACGUGCCUUAGAAGUCUUUGGACUAAGCCCAGAACAAUGGGGAGUGAAUGUUCAACCCCUUAGCGGAACGCCAGCAAACUUUGCGAUCUACACUGCUCUCAUCGGACCUCACGGACGAGUAAUGGGCCUUGGACUGUCAGACGGUGGACAUUUGAGUCACGGGUAAAGUUUUAUCGCUGAACUAACUAGAGAUUGCACAAAACUUCGUUAAAAGUUUUAACGUUGUGGUCGCAUUACAUUUUUUCUUUUAGCUUCUACUCUCCCGCGAAGAAAGUAUCAGCAACAUCGUUGUUCUUCGAGGCGUUUCCCUACAGAGUGAACACAGAAACUGGUCUAAUCGACUACGACCAGCUCGAGCAAAACGCCAAACUCUUCAGGCCCGAUAUUAUUGUUGCUGGUGAGUAUAUAUAACAAUUUUCAUUUUUUGAUAGUUUAAAAUACUAGUAUUAAAAGGGUAUGACUUUAGAUGUUUAUUACGCUUUUUUAAAAGUGCACAGAAUUGUGAUCAAAAUAAAUUUUUAACGUUGUAAUUACUCCAAAACGUACUUCUUGAUUUCAGGAAUCAGCUGCUACCCUCGCAACUUGGACUAUGCUCGCUUCAGGAAGAUCGCUGACUCUGUCGGGGCAUACCUUUUGGCUGAUAUGUCCCACGUCUCUGGAUUGGUCGCUGGAGGCGUAGCACCAUCUCCAUUCGGGUACGCUGAUGUUGUUAUGACCACGACCCACAAGUCUCUAAGAGGGCCCCGAGGAGCUAUGAUCUUCUACAGAAAAGGCGUCAGAUCAGUCACGGCCAAAGGAGAGGAAGUGAAGUACGACAUCGAGAACCCCAUCAACUGGGCCGUGUUCCCUGGUCUUCAAGGCGGUCCUCACAACAACGUCAUUGCUGGCAUUGCUGUCACCUUGAAGCAGUGUAUGACUACGCAAUUUGUGGAUUACGCAAAACAAAUCGUAGCAAAUUCCAAGGCGUUGGCUAACAGACUGACAGAAUUGGGUUACACUUUGGUUACUGGUAUGUGUCUAAACUUUUUUAAUUUUUCCAGUUUUUUAAAGUUUAUGCGAUUAGCAUAAACACACUUAUAAGAUAGCUUUGCGUAACCAUAGAUCUCGAUUUUAUAGUAUUUUGUUUCAGGAGGAACCGACACGCAUUUGAUAUUGGUAGAUCUUCGUAACAACAAGCUAGAAGGAUCCAGAAUUGAGACUGUUCUUGACCUCGCCUUAAUUGCCUGUAACAAAAACACUUGUCCUGGUGAGGCGGCUGUUUCUUUCAUCAGUAAUGUAAAACGACCAGUCGACUCUGCUGUGUAUUUUCCCUUUUGUUUUACAUACUUUCCCUAAGCUAUUUGGUUAUGAUUCACUAAGCCCAUUGUUUUAGGUGACCAAACUCCAUUCAAACCCAGCGGAAUACGUCUUGGAACACCAGCCUUGACUACUCGUGGUUUCAAAGAAGCCGACUUCGUCAAAGUGGCAGACUUCAUCCACGAAGCGAUCGAAAUCUUCAAGAAACACGAACACAAGUGUGGCAAACUGAUCAAGGACUUCAAACACUUUAUCGCUACCGACGAGGAGUUCUUGGCGGACAUCAAGAAGGUUGCUGAGAAAGUAGAAGCAUUCACGGCCAACUUCCCGAUCCCCGGCACUGAUGUUUACUAA